AUUGUUGCUUUGGCAAUAUUUUUAUGGCUUUAACAUCUAUUUCUUCAGUUUGAAUAUACAUGCAAGAGGUAAAUGCUUAAGCAAGGGAAACGUACCGUCAUUCAUUUAAAUGAGUGCUUUGGUCUUCCUCAGUUUGGGAGGCUGUAAGCUUAUAGUGCAGUUUCAGACUAGCGUUUUCAAUGGGCCUGGCUUAAACAGCACACUCUAAGCGUUGAUCAUGCGUAGGUGGCUGAUGUGGGGCUCAACCGUCAUCUGUGCCCUCACUGCUGCCGUUAACUCAUUCCGUUUGGUAAAUGCUCUUGAAUUUGAAAUUUUAAACCUCCCGCCCAGAUUCACAUAUGUCAAGUUGCCGCGCUGCAGGAGUAAAUGGGCUAAGGAGAUUAGAGAGAUACUGUAGUCAGAAAUGGGAAUGCUCUGGUCGACAUGUAUGCAAAACGUAGAUGCAAAGAUGAGGCACGUGAACUACUUGGCCGAAUGCCUCAAAAUCUCUCAUGGUAUGUUACGAUUGCAGGAUAUGCAGAAAAUGGGUUUGUUGAAAAGGCUUUAGAAACUUUCAAGCAAAUGCAAUCUACAGGCGUAUCAACCCUUGCCACCGUCCUCACUGGCUGUGCCGAAAUGGGAGCUUUGGAACAGGUUAUGCGCUUCAUAUGUCGUAGUUGCGACUACCCAGGAUAUGAACAAAGUGGAUUUGUUUACAAAGAUUUAUAAGCUUCCAGAAGUAUAUGAAAUUGAUAGCUGUGAACCUAGUAUUCUCCCCGCCUGUGCCAAAUUACAUUAUGGACAUCCAUCAACAGAUAAUGAAAGGGGUAUUGUUGUCAAAUAUUAUAGUUUUGAAAUGCUCUGAUGGGCAUGUUUGGAAAAUGUGGAAGAAUAGAAAAAGUUCGUGAACUGUUUAACAAAAUGCCUCGAAGAAACGUGGGCUCAUGGAAUUCAGAUAUUUACCAGAUAUGCAUGAAAUGGAUUUUGGAAGGAUGCUCUCAAAAUGUUUGAAUUAAUGAAGCACUCUAGAACAUAUCGUAACAUUCUGAGUUCUGCUCGCGUGUCUUAUGUGCAUGCUGCCAUUCAGGUUUAGUGGAUGAGGGUUGUACAUUUUUAAUCACACAAGUAACCUUUAUCGCAUUAUCCUACAAUUUAUGGUUUGAGCUUCUCAGCUUAACCUGAGUAUCUUGAGGACAACCUAAACUUUUUGAUUAAGAUGUCAAUUUAAU